AUGUCUAAGAACUCAGAGUUCAUCAAUCUGUCAUUUUUAUUAGAUCAUGAGAAGGAAAUGAUCCUGGGCGUCCUAAAGAGAGAUGAAUAUUUGAAAAAAGUGGAGGACAAGAGAAUAAGGAAGCUGAAAAAUGAACUCUUAGAAGCAAAACGUAGAAGUGGGAAAACUCAACAAGAGGCCAGCAGAGUUUGUGUUCACUGUCGGAGAAACCUGGGCCUAAUCUUUGACCGGGGAGACCCUUGUCAGGCUUGCUCACUGAGGGUAUGCAGGGAGUGUCGAGUUGCGGGCCCUGAUGGCAGCUGGAAGUGCACUGUCUGUGACAAAAUCGCGCAGCUAAGGAUUAUAACUGGUGAGUGGUUUUUUGAAGAAAAGGCAAAACGUUUCAAGCAAGUCAAUGUUCUCGGCACUGAUGUUGUCCGACAGUCCAUUUUAAGAAGAAGUCCAGGAGCUGAAGAAGUACAGAGCCAAGAGCAAACCUGCCACGAUGCAGAAAAGUCAGACACUUCACCUGUUGCUGGGAAGAAGGCCAGCCAUGAUGGACCCAAGAGAAAAGGAUUUCUUCUUAGCAAGUUCAGAUCAGCAACCAGAGGAGAAAUCAUAACUCCCAAAACUGAAAGUGGGCGGAGCUAUAGCUUGGACUUAGACGGUCAACAUUUUAGGAGUUUAAAGUCAGCUCCUGGUUCAGACAGGGGAAGCACUGGCUCAUCAGAUCUCAAUGACCAGGAAGCUGGUUCUAGGACCCCAAAAAGCAGUCGGAGCAAUGGUGUGACCCCAGUCACUCAGAGGUCUCUAGCCCCAAGCACACAAAGUGUGACCUCAGUCAUCAGUAGAGAGUAUGGUUUUGAAAAUUCCACAGAUUUGGCUGCUAUUGAAGGUACCUCUCAGGAGUUCACAAAGAGUCACUGCAGAAACACUUCUGGCACACCUUCCAUAGCAGUGUCUGGAACCUCUCUCUCCUCAGAUCAGAGUCGAUCUGAGUUAGAUUUGAGUGAGUCAUUUACAGAAGACUUAGAGGAUACUGUAAGCAUAAGAAGCAAGUCUGUCCCUGGGGCUUUAGACAAGGACUCCUUGGAAGAGUCUGAAGAAAGCAUUGAUGCCUUAGUGUCCUCGCAGUUAUCUACAAACACCCACAGUCUGGCAAGUGGCCUGUCGACUAAUUCUCAAGCAGGUUCUGACAGGAAGUGGACCUACCUAAAUGUGCCUGAUGCUGACUCAGACACUACCAGUCUUAACAGCAUGAUGAGUGUUUACAGUGAAACUGGAGACUAUGGCAACGUGAAAGUCAGUGGUGAAAUCCUUCUCCAUAUCAGCUACUGCUACAAAACUGGUGGGCUCUACAUUUUCAUCAAGAAUUGCAGAAAUCUGGCCAUAGGAGAUGAAAAGAAACAGAGGACAGAUGCUUAUGUCAAGUCAUACCUUCUUCCUGACAAGUCCCGGAACAAUAAGCGUAAGACCAAAAUCAGAACAGGCACCAAUCCAGAAUUCAAUGAAACACUAAAGUACACCAUCAGCCAUACCCAGCUGGAAACAAGAACGCUGCAGCUGUCAGUCUGGCACUAUGAUCGAUUUGGACGUAAUAGCUUCCUUGGGGAAGUAGAGAUUCCUUUUGACUCGUGGAACUUUGAAAAUCCAACUGAUGAGUGGUUUGUGCUUCAACCCAAGGUGGAGUUUGCUCCUGAUAUUGGCCUUCAAUACAAAGGAGAGCUGACAGUGGUUUUACGUUACAUUCCCCCGGAAGAGAAUCUGAUGCUUCCACCAGAACAACUCCAAGGAAAUAAGACUUUUAAAAAGGGAAAGAAGAAGGAGUCACCUGUAAUCUCUGGAGGAAUACUAGAAGUGUUCAUCAAAGAGGCAAAGAAUUUGACAGCAGUGAAGUCAGGAGGCACAUCUGAUAGCUUUGUGAAGGGCUACCUGCUCCCUGAUGAUAGCAAAGCCACCAAGCACAAAACUCUAGUAGUAAAAAAGAGUGUUAACCCUCAGUGGAAUCAUACAUUCAUGUUCAGUGGCAUCCAUCCCCGGGAUAUAAAGAAUGUUUGCCUAGAACUUACCAUCUGGGACAAGGAGGCCUUUUCCAGCAACAUUUUUCUGGGAGGAGUUCGUUUGAAUUCUGGAAGUGGUGUGAGCCAUGGGAAGAACGUGGAUUGGAUGGACUCUCAGGGGGAAGAGCAGCGCCUUUGGCAGAAGAUGGCCAACAACCCUGGAACUCCUUUUGAGGGUGUACUCAUGCUUCGUUCCAGCAUGGGAAAGUGUAGACUCUAA